GCUGCUCUGCUUCUGCGUCGCUUUAAAUCCCAUCUCCAUCUCCGUCUCCGUCUCCGUCUCCCUCCCUCUUCAUCUCCUCCACGAAACGCGCUACGGACUGAUCAUGGCCAGCCUCUUCCCCCUCACCGCAGCCGUCGUCUUCCUCUCGGUCGCUUGUCCCCAUCUCUCGCGCGCCGCGUACACCAUCGGCAUCAACUACGGCACUAUCGCCGACAACCUCCCCCCGCCGUCCAAAGUCGCCACAUUCCUCAAGACCAAGACCACCAUCGACCGGGUCAAGAUCUUCCACGCCAGCCCCGACAUCCUCCGGGCCUUCGCCGGCACCGGAAUCGCCGUCACCGUCUCCGUCGGUAACGAAGACAUCGUCUCCCUCUCCAAGCUCCCCGCAGCCAAGUCCUGGGUCUCCGCCAACAUCUUGCCGUUCUACCCCAAGACCCUCAUCAACCGCAUCGCCAUGGGCAAUGAGAUCCUUGCCACCUCCGACAAGACCCUCAUCGCGAACCUCUUGCCCGCCAUGAAAGCCCUCCACUCAGCCCUCCAGCUCGCGAACGUCACCAACGUCCAGGUCACGACACCUAACUCUCGGGAUACUGGCGUCGUCGUAUCCCCCGAGCACCGGCCGUUCCGCAGCGGCUUCGACCGGACCAUAUUCGCUCCGAUCCUGAAAUUCCACCGCCAGACGAACUCCUCCUUCAUGGUGAACCCGUACCCGUUCUUCGGGAUCACCCCCGAGACGUGAACUCCCACCCUGAACUACGCGUUGUUCAAGCCGAUCCCCACAGCACUUUCGACAACGGCGACGGGGAAAAACUACACGAACAUGUUCGACGCCCAGAUGGAUGCGGUGUACUCGGCGAUGAAGAAGGUGGGUUACGAGGACGUGGAGAUCGUGGUGGGCGAGACCGGGUGGCCUUCGGUGGGCGACCCCAACCAGCCGGGCGUGAGCAUGGCAAACGCGGAGUCGUACAACAGUAACCUCGUGAGGCACGUGAACUCCGGCAAGGGAACGCCGCUGAUGCCGAACCGGAAGUUCGAGACCUACAUCUUUGCGCUGUUCAACGAGAACAAGAAACCGUCGACCUCAGAGCGGAAUUACGGGCUGUUCAAGCCGGAUCUGACCCCAGUUUACGACGUUGGCAUCCUGAGAAAUUCGGCUGAGGGACCCAGUCCGACAACGGCCCCCAGUCCGUCGCCCUCCAGUCCCUCGGCCCCCGGACCCAGUCCGACAUCGGCCCCCAGUCCGUCGCCCUCCAGUCCCUCGGCCCCCGGACCCAGUCCGACUUCGCCCCCAGUCCGUCGCCCCCGGACCCAGUCCGACAUCGGCCCCCAGUGCGUCGCCUUCCAGUCCGUCGCCCUCCAGUCCGUCCAUUCCCUCAGCCCCCAGUCCGCCAGCCCCCAGUCCGCCAGCCCCGUCGACGAGCUCAGUGAAGAAGUGGUGCGUGCCAAGAUCGAAGGAGUUGAUCCUAGGAGGUUCUUGUUUUUUGUUCGCAUACUUUCUGUUAAUUUGAAGGAAAGAAAGAGAAGGGAAUUCGAACGUCAGCCUCCCUUCUCUUUUUGUGGUGGGAGCAGAUCGCGGCUUUUAUAUGAGGUUGUAUUAUUGGCUUUUCAGCAACAUAGAUUUGGGGGUUGCUAUUGAUCCCCCUUUUUCUAUCUUUUUUGGGGAUCAUGCGACUGAUCCACUUUUCUCUAUCCGAUAUGGCUUUUAUAGAAGGUUGAGCCGGGUCAAACGGCUAAAAAUUUUGAUGGAGCCAUCCUCCAAUUGAAUAAGAUUGAGUACCUACAUUCUGAAUUACGAAGCACUUCAUGGGAUAGGAAGUUCCCACGUUUAUCAUGUAUUGUUGUUAUACAUACUACAUAGUUUGAGUGGGAGUUGAAAGAAUGCUUGCUUCCCUGUU